CCGAAUAAUUUUAUCCUCUCUCUCUGUGCUGAGCGACCAAAUUACAGAAUAUAGCUGAGAUGCCCACAAACAAACAUAUCCCAUUCCAUCCCCCAACAAUUUUAUCAUCUCUCUGUGUCUCUAGGAAAGCUUGUUCUUCCUUGAAAGUCUGACUUGGAGUUGAAGGUUUUGUUCUCUCUUCCUCUCUUCUUCUUCUUUAAUGGAAAACCAAAACCAGAUUAGGGAAAGGAAGACGGUGGAUGGAGCUUUGGUAGGGUUCUCUCCGGUCUCUUCCCCUCGGAUUUUUUGGAAAUCUCGAAAGAGAUCAGCUAUUGGGAGGAAUUUAGAUGAGGUAGCGGAAGACAAUGCUAAUGAAACACCCAACAAGCAGGGAGGAGAGCCUAUGACUGAAAAGAAGACGCAGGACCCUGCUGCAAUUGCUGAUAUCUCUGAGCGUCGAAAGGCUCUGUUUGAACCUUUAGAGCCUAUAACCAAUAUAAAUGGCCGAAGACCAUCAGCUGAGUCAUUACUCCCGCCACCGGACUUUGACCCUGCAAACUAUCCCCGAGGUUGGCUGAUUGGGAAGAAGAGAAAACUAGUCAAUGUGGAUGUUGUCGAGAGCAUGCGGAAGAUUGCUAUCCAGGAAAUGAACAGAAAGGACCGGGAGAUUGAUGGCCUGAAUCAGCAAUUGGAAGAGGAUUCUCAGUGCCUAGAACACCUGCAGCUCCAACUUCUGCAAGAACGAAGCAAACGCGCAGAGGUCGAGAGAGAAAAUGGAAUGCUGCAAGAGCAGAUAUCCAUGUUGAUGAACAUGUUGCAGGACGAGUCAAUGGGGGAUGAAGGCGCAGAGGAACCAUAGUGGUCGGUUGCUUGGUUUUCUUGUUUUCUUGUUUUUUUUUUUUUUUUUCCUUUUUUUUUGUAGCAUGCUUAGAAAUUUAAUAGUUUAAUUGCAAUUAUACAAAAACAUCUUAUAUAUAAUAUAGCAUAGGUUGUUGGCACUGGUUGUACAUUGGAUAUAUUCCAUUUAUUGUAACAAGUUCUAUUUGUUUGUAACAAGUUUCAAUCUCAUAUAUUUUUGCA